ACAGACACACCUGUACACACACACACACAAAGACAUGUACAUAUACACACACAUACACACAGAGACACAUGCACACACACAGGCACGCAUACACAGAAAUACACACGCACAGACACAUGUACAUACACACAGACAUGUACGUACAUACACACACAUACAUGUAAAUACACGCAGACAACAUGUACAGAUACACACAUGUACACACACGCACACAGCUCUAUAAAAAGUUGCAGUACUUCUUUGUUCACUCACAGAGCCGGGUACUGCACUCUAGGGGGAGGCAGAGAGCACAGCACACACUCCUUCCUUUGCUUUCACUACGCUCAGCUAUUGAGCAGUCUGACGGCUCCCAAUGCCAAUGACAGAUCCGGCCUGAGCUCUGAGCCUGCUCAGCAAGACGGCCCUGGGGGACACACUCGCCCCCACCAUAAUUUCCACUCGCCAUUGGCUUGCAGGCGAGUGGAAAUUUCAAGGCCUGCUCUA